AUGUCAGCACACAAUGACUCUGAAGCAGCAGCAGAUGGAUGUGCAGUUGCAGAGCAGGCUGAGAGAGCAGAUUCUGCUCAACAGUUUAACCUGGUUGAUGCUGAUGACUUGGGCCCCAAAUCAGAAGAUGAACUCAAGGAUGCUGGAUAUGAUACUCCAUUCUCUGUGACUAUUGCCCCUCAGCCUGCUAGUACCAAUCCUGCUGCAACAUUUAAGCCUGCAACUCCUGCUCCUGCCAUUUGUCCAGUUCAAGAUGCCACCACAGCUGCUACUGCUACCAGCCAAAAGUGA